AUGGCGAGAGUAAAUCAAGCUUCGUACACUAAAGAAGAUCAAGUUUCCCCUCUGUGUUUCAAGCUGACGCAAGAGCAACUCGAUAAAGAAAAAGAGAGGAAUGAAAACAUCAAAAAGAUGUUGUCUCACAUGGAAGAUUUACAAGAGCACAUGAAAGGAGCAUUGCUGGAGAUGCCAGGGUAUGCUAAAUUUGUGAAAGAGCUAGUAACCAAGAAGAGGAUCUUGGAUUAUGAAACGAUUGAAUCGCUUCAUAGUUGCAGUGCGAUCAUGACAAAGGAGUUAAUCACUAAAAGAGAAGACCCUGGUGCUUUCACCAUCCCGUGUACUAUUGGAAUGCUCCAAUUUGCCAAGGCUUUAUGUGACCUAGGAGCAAGCAUCAACUUGAUGCCAUACGCCAUAUACAAGCAACUUGGAUUGGGAGAACCAAAGGCAACUACAAUGAGACUUCUCAUGGCAGAUCGAUCGAUCAAACAUCCUAUUGGAAUCUUCUAUGAUAUCUUGGUCAAAGUAGAUCGGUUCAUAUUUCCAGCUAACUUUGUGAUUUUAGACCGUGACAUUGAUGUUGAGGUCCCCAUUAUUUUGGGAAGGCCAUUCUUAGCAACCGGCAGAGCAUUAGUAGAUGUUGAAAGCGGCAAGUUGAAAUUCCAUGCAAAUGACGAUGAGGUAACUUUCAACAUCUACAAAUCCAUGAAACAACCAAGUGAUAUCCAUGUAGUGUCUGCUGAAGAUGUUAUAGAUGAGGCGGUGGCAAGUGUGAGCCAUCUGUUGCGCAAGAAUGAGCCUCUUGAGUCAAUACUUGCAAAUCAUGACGAAUUGGAAAUUCAGGAAUAUGAUGAAAUGAUCGCAGCCCUAACAGUGUUAGGAGCAUAUGCAUGA